AUGGAGCGUACGACCGAAGGCAAGAAAUAUUUGGAGCCGCCUGACAAAUCGGAGUAUGAUACGACCGAAUAUAGAGUCGUUAGGCUGCAAAAUGGUUUAACAGCUUUGUUAAUAUCUGGAUUACAAGGAGCGAAUUAUGGCAAUAUGAACUAUAAAGAUCAUGAAGAAGCUGGUCCUUCGAAACCAGUUAAAAGAGAUGUAUCGAAGGCAUUUUGUGGCUUAUGUGUGAGAGUAGGCAGUUUUAACGACCCACCGGAACUUCCAGGCCUUGCACAUUUGCUUGAACGCAUGGUUUUCAAGGAAUCCAAAAAAUAUCCUGAGAAUUUUAAUGAAUAUGUCAGUCUCUAUGGUGGCACUAUUAACAGUGAAACAGACUGCGAAUAUACAAGAUUUUACUUUGAUAUCUCAGUGAAACAAUUGGAACCAGCUCUUGAUCAUUUUGUUCAAUUUUUCAUUGAUCGUGCAUCAUUGACGAAAGAUGCCAUCACGCGGGAGCGAGAAGUAAUAGAAAACGAAUUUCAGUCUAGUUGCUUGUCUUGUGACAAAAAUAGGAAAGAACGAGUAUUGUCCCAUAUUGUUCGAAUUCAACCUCCACCCAAUGCGAUUCAAUGGAAAGAGUUAACAUCAUACAGUAAUAUAGAUGAUGACAAACUGUACGAACAGCUACACAAAUUCAGAGAGAACCAGUAUAGCGCUCACAAAAUGAUGCUAACUAUCCAG